GACAGCUUUUCACCAACUCAUCUCGUGAUGUACGAUGGAAAUACGUAAAUGAACUACGCUGUACAGGGGAACCCUUUAACCCGGAACAUUCUGCUUUUUGUCUGCUGAAAAAAAUAAUGAGAUAGCCAGCUAUUCAUCUGUUAUGACUGGAGGUUUGGAAUUCAAUACAGUUAAUGAAAAUGAGUGAUGAUGAAAAUCUGAUCAGCGGAACCGACCCCAAUUUUUAUCAGAGUUUCAAGACGCCUAUCUUCAAAGCGGCUCAAGAGGGCGACCUGCACAGAAUUCAGGAAUGUCUCCGGUCGCGCACCAAAGAGGAAGUGAAAUGGCUAGUUUCUCAAGUUGUAGAAAAAACGACACCGCUGAUUGCUGCAAGUCGACAUGGCCACCUGAAUGUUGUGAAUUAUUUUCUUGAGGAAUGCAAGGCAGAUGUUGAACAAGUGGGUUCAGUAACGUUUGAUGGGGAAACUAUAGAGGGCGCCCCAGCAUUGUGGUGUGCUGCGGCAGCGGGCCACUUUGCCACUGUCCAGAGUCUGAUGCGGCAUGGCGCCAGGGUGAAUCAAACAACAUUCUCAAACUCAACACCACUGCGCGCCGCUUGUUUUGACGGCCAUUUUGACAUUGUCAGACAUCUCGUUCAGCAUGGAGCUGACAUUGAACUCGCAAACCGCCAUGGCCACACGUGCCUGAUGAUAUCUUGUUACAAAGGCCACUACGACAUUGCAGAAUACUUGCUCUCGCUUCAUGCCGAUGUCAAUCGGAAAAGCAUCCGUGGCAACACGGCAUUACAUGAUUGUGCGGAGUCAGGAAGUCUUGCCAUCAUGAAACUUCUUUUGAAACACAAUGCGGUGAUGGACAUAGAUGCUUACGGGAUGACGCCAAUCAAAGCGGCAGCAGUGGCUGGCCACAGUAACAUUGUAGACUAUCUAGUGACAGUGUCCGAUGUCCCAAAGAUAGAGAAAGUUGAGUCACUGGAGUUACUGGGUGCAACUGCUGUCGACAAGAAACGAGACAUGCAUCAAGCGCUAAGAUACUGGCAGCGUGCGUUAGAUGAACGAAGCAGUGACCCAGCCAACAUAAUCAAGAAAGUACCCACCAAGGCAAUCCCAGCAUACGAAUGUUCCAUCGAGGUAGAUUCGACAAGAGACUUGGAGAAUAUGAUUGGAGAUCCGGAUGAAAUGCGCAUGCAAGCAUUGCUGAUCCGCGAGAGAAUCUUGGGCCCAACCCACCCAGACACAACUUACUAUAUACGAUAUAGAGGAGCGGUGUACGCUGACUCUGGUAACUUUGAUCGGUGCAUUACAUUAUGGAUGUACGCACUGGAUAUGCAGCAACAAGCACUAGAACCUCUGAAUCCCAUGACUCAGAGCAGCCUGCUGUCCUUUGCCGAAUUGUUUGCCUACAUGCUGUCCGAGCGGAAUGGAGAACGAGUCUGUAGUGAUCUCAAAUACAGCACUGUCUCAGUCGUCUACCUGAAGGGGAUCUCUGAGAUUAAACGUGGAAUAGAGGAGGCUCCAAUCGGCCCCCCAUCAGACAAGGAUGCUGCAAAUUUCCAUCGAGCGCUCUUGAUCUUGAUGCAUCUUAUGUGCCUGAUAGCCAAGUUGGAUGGCACCGUAGAGGAGGAAGAUGAAGUUAGACAAGCCACUUACCGUUUCCUCAAACUUAAACCAACUGGGAGCAAAGGAGCCACACCCUUGCACCUCGCAGUCGAGGAGUCCACCUCAUCAGUUGGACGCUAUCCCGUUUGCAGAUUCCCAGACUACCGAGUUCUGCGACUGCUGCUAGCGUGUGGAGCUGACGUGAACAGGUCCAACACUGAGGGGAACAGGCCCCUGCACAUUGCUGCAAAAGGUUCCUCGGACGGUCUGGUGAAGCACGAUCGCAGUGACAUCUUGAGGAUGCUUCUAGACCAUGGGGCACACCUGGAUUGUCGCAAUGACAGUGGCAAAGCGCCACUUGAUCUAUUAGGAGAUGCCUUGUGUGACAUCUCACCAAUAAACUACACAACGUUGCAGUGUCUUGCAGCAAGGGCAGUUAUGAAGCAUGGGUUGAAAUAUAUUGGCAUUAUUCCAAAACGAUUAGAGGAAUUUGUCAAAAUACAUUGAACAAUAUUACCAUACAUGUACUGCUGCAUAAUCAAUGCAACAUUACGUCAUGGAUUAUAUGCAGAGGUUGAAUUUUUGAGCUAAAUGCAAUGUACUUGUAUGUUCCACAGAGACUUAAUGCCUGAACAUAUAAUCUAAUCAGAUAUGUAAAAGCACAGCAAAGUUCAUCUACUUUCAGUUAACGGUUCCUACCAAAUUUGUUGCUCUCAGUUUUCCAAACUUGGAGUAAGUUCUAGUAUCUUUCCACUGAGAAAAGCUUAUAUCUUUGGUGGGAAUAUUUGUUUUCCCAUAUGAUGAAAUUUAUUGGGUUUGAAUCAACAUUUGAAAAGUGGAUUGUUAAAUUUUGCCUUGAGUUGAAAAAUAUUGUCCACAUUGUGGAAGUUUCAUGCAGUUACAUCGACUGGCAAGAUGUUAGUUUUAUCCAAAAUAGAUGAGCUACCCCUAAGACAAGGAACAGCUUGUUGGGAAGCCCUGGUUUGUAAAACUUCUCGUGUCCAGAAGGAACUUGGACAUUCCAGGUAGUACGAUAUCCUGCUUUGACCAAGAUAGUGUUUUUACCCGACUUCAAAGCAAAGGAAAUUAUUAAAAAGGAGCAUCGUUCAGGUGGUUGCAAAGUACCGUAUGUACGUAAAGUGGUUGGCAUGAGUAAAUUAGCUUCAUUUGUAGAGAAAACUUGAAUAGAAAUGGAAUCAAAUUUGAAUCAGAGAACGUUAAAAGUAUGAAUGCCUGAGCAAACGGCUAGAAAAAGGAUGACUGUAACAUAAAAUUCAGUGAAACGCAGAUGCAUUAAGUGUACUUUGUGAAUUGAAAUCUUGUGAUACAUGUUUUUGCUAAAUACAUGAUGCAUAACAGCUGCAUACAA